UGUGAAUUAGCGGGAUUUGUGAUCUUCAACACUGGGAUAGCUGACGAGUACACAAUCACAUUGAUGAAAAAAUGUUGGGUUCAAGCUUACAUCAGCUAGGAAACUUAACACAGUUGAUGCCCACUCCUGAUGGGACAACAAAAUCACAACACAUCUUUACAAUUGCUGUAGAGGGGAACAUUGGCUGUGGGAAGACCACCUUUCUUCAACACUUCAAAGGGAACCCCAAAGUGGAGGUGCUACCAGAACCAGUUGACAAAUGGAAGAGUGUCAAAGGAUACAACAGUCUGGACAUGAUGUACAAAGAUGCGGCAAGGUGGAGCCUGGCAUUCCAGUCCUAUGUGACCCUCACCAUGAUGGAACACCAUGAAAACAAAGAGGAAACACCCAAAGUUAAGAUGAUCGAGCGCUCGAUCUACAGUACCAGGCACUGCUUCAUUGAAAAUCUCCACCAGGGUGGGCUGAUGCCAGACAUUGACUACAAUAUCCUCGGUGAAUGGCACGACUGGCUCAACCAGAACUCAACGACCGACAUCAACCUCAUUGUCUAUCUGAGAGCAAGUCCACAAAAUUGUUUUGAUCGGAUUCACAAAAGAAACAGAGAUGAAGAGAAGGAUGUCCCGAUUGAGUAUCUCAACUCACUCCACAAGCUGCAUGAAGAUUGGCUGAUAGAGAAGAAGAGAGGAGAGUUACCUGCCCCUCUUUUGGUUAUUGAUGCCAACUUGGAUCUAGAAGAUCUUCAAAAGAAGAUUUCCCAGAUGGAACCAAAGAUCCUCAGUGGGAACCUCAGCUGAAGCUUAUCCACUGCAUUCAUUAACUGCUCAUCUACAUGUUAUUCCUGAUAAUGGGGGUGUGAUAGUAUAGAGGGGUUGCAAUAUGAUACAUUUCAGUAAAAAAACAAAACUGAAUAUCUGACAUUCA